AUUUACCAAAAGUCGAUACGGCUCGGCAAUUUCCGCCAUUUCCCGAGUUUAGCCGAACAUAGUACCUGUUUGAAGACUGUGAGGUUGCGAUUAUGGCGUUAUCACAAGAAGACAUGGCUGCUGCUAUCAAGGAACCCGAUCCAUCAACUAAAGAUUUUAUCUUUCAACAAACUAUGUUGAGAGUCAAGGACCCCAAAGUGUCUUUGGAUUUUUACACAAGAGUUCUUGGAAUGAGGUUGUUGAAACGGUUGGACAUGCCUGCUAUGAAGUUCACUGUGUACUUCAUUGGGUACGACCUGCCCGAGAACAUCCCCACUGACGAGACUGAGAAAAGUAUCUACUGUUUCAGGCAGAAGGCUACCCUGGAACUAACACAUAACUGGGGUACAGAGAAUGAAGACAUGAGCUACCACAAUGGGAACACAGAUCCAAGAGGGUUUGGUCAUAUCGGGAUAUCGGUGCCAGAUGUCUACAAGGCCUGUGAGAGAUUUGAACAGCAAGGCGUCCCAUUCAUCAAGACACCUGAUGGAGGUAAAAUGAAAGGACUUGCUUUUAUUAAAGACCCGGAUGGCUACUGGAUAGAAAUCCUCAGUCCAAAUAAUUUGAUCAGAACAUGAAAUCAACAUGAAGCAACACUUAUUACCAAGACCACAUAAUCAAGAACCCAUAUUCAGCUUGAAAUAUGUUAAUAUGUUGGUGAUGAUUCUAUUGUGUAUAUUUACUGAGUAUCAAGGAGCUCUGGCAUGUGUCAGUGUUUUGUAUCAUUUUACAAGUACUAUAUCAUGCCUAAGAAAGUAAUAAUUAAUUGACUUCAACUU